CCGUUAGUAUUGGCGGCUCAGCCAAUCAACGACCAUCGCACCAGAAUUAACUAUUUCCCGCGAUAUGCUCGAAGAAAACGCUGAGGUGUCUCACUCGCGGCAAAGCCGACUCGCUGCGCGUUUGUACUACACCCUUCCCCGAUUGACAAAAGGAACGAAAACAUGUGGGCCUGUAAUGGGCCUUAGCUACUGUGGAUCCAUCAUUUAGGUUGAGCCUUGUGGGCUUGGGACCAAUGAAGAUUUGGACCCGGCCUGCAGGCGAGAUAGAAGAUCACUGCCAUCUCAUUUAUAUUAAAUAAUAUGAUUUUAUAAAUGACUUUAUUUUUAAUGAUUGAAAUUAAAUAAAAUGAUAUUUUCUGAAAUAAGAUUAAAAUAUGGUAAGAAUAAUCUUGUAUUUUCAAAACAGUUUUUUACAUAAGCUCCUGCUUUUAUGUUAUACAAAAUCUCUUUUCAGCUUUUCAAAAGCCGGAUUUUUAGAGGUGUUUGGCCCGGCUUCAGCUUCUAAAGUCGAAAAGCAUUUCUAAAAGCCGGUUCAAAUACAUGGAUAAGUUUCCACAGUACUGUCAAUUGCAGGGGGAAGAAAACAAGGUGUAGAAGAAGUGUACUUUCAGGGUUCCUUGCUUACACCUUUAGAUCUCUUCCCAUUCCCUCACUCUUUUUUGGCUGUCUUCUUCUCCCCAUUCCGGUGGAAAAGCCCCAUGAAAUCAAUAAAGAGAAUGGCUGAUACCCCCUCAUUGGCCACGAAUUAAUGCCCUGUUGAAUAAUCAAAAGCUAGAUUGUGAACGGAGACCCUGCCUUUCAUGCAAAGUAAGGAACCUCUCACUGCAAAAACCUUUCCCCCAAGAUUUCACUUUCAAGUUUCUGUCAGGAUAGAUCAUCCAUCACAGGUUGGAAGACCUUGCUCUGCAGUCAGUACUGUGCACUGGAGCAUAUAUUCUGCCAGGAAACUAGGGGUGGCUAUACGGUCCGGUCCGGUUAAAUUGGACCAAAUUGAUCCGAUCCCAGUCCAGUCUUUUCGGGAAUAUAAGGACCAAAGAUUGGAUUGGAUACAAUCCGGUCCGGUCCCAAUUUGAUCUUGAUUUUAGGUGUUGGGGGUCUCUUAUCCGGUUUUUUUUACCUCAAAUCUAAGCCCGAAUAUGAGAUUGGAUUGUUUACUAUCCGGCCCCGGUCCGGUUUAGGGUAAAACCAAACAGUCCGGACCAAAUAGUCAGCCCUACAAGAAACCAUGGGCUGGAUUAUGUAUACUUCUCGGCUGACGGAAUAAGGCAGCAAAAAGCGACGAGUAGUCGAAGCUCGGCUAUAGCAAAGCGCUUACCAAGUACGAAUGUUCGUUCCUCCGCCCUUUUCCUUUCGGUUAAUCAUAUGAUAAACUUUCGGGCUCACAUAAUGAUAAACCUUUGCUACUUGAGCCGUACGCCGGGAACUCGCAUGUGCGGUUCUUAGCGAGGAGCCGUUCUAUCCUACUACUCCUCGAGCCAAUUACACUGACACAUAUAUGUUGUUCAAUGUAUGCUAACGUCGUUAGAUUGCCUUUUGACGAAUUAGUUUUCGUCAACAACACCAUCGUACCAGGAGAUCAAACAAAAAAUUCCCUGGUCAGGAAAAAGGAAAUCCUGCCAAGGUGACAAUCUACUCAGACAAGCAGGGGGGAAAACCCUAAUGAAGACAGCAUAUUCUCUUCUCUUUGUUCUUUACUUGUGCUCCAAACAGUGAACAGCCAGACCAUACAUGAAUCUCUAAAGAAACAUUGAUUGUCAAGUAACGAACAAUGUUCUUGAGUGUCGCGCAAGAAACCUCGAUCUUUCAGCAAAAACGAACAAAUCAAAAGCUUUAAAAUGAAGAACUUUUCCACUUCUAUAAAAACCAAUGCUCUUCCAGAAAUGAAACCAAGAGCUAAAACCCAUACCUCCAUUCCAUCUCCCCUUCUCAGCUCGACCAUGCGACGUCCGGCAAAUACGACGGCGCAGCAGCAGCAGGGCCAGGCGGCUAGGCCCAAGAGCAGCCUCCUCCGCCUCGUGAUCUUCGCAGUCGUGGGCCUGAUCGUCUUACUGGGCCUAGCCGUCCUCAUCGCCUGGCUCAUCGUCAAGCCCAAGCGUCUCGUCUACACCAUCGAGGACGCCUCCAUCCGCAACUUCAACAUCCAAAACGACCACCUCAACUCGUCGUUUCGCUUCGACUUCCGCGCCUACAACCCGAACAAGCGGAUGUCGGUCUACUACGACGCCGUCGAGGUCUCCACGGCGUUCGACGGCCAGACCGUCGCGUUCAACACGCUGCCGCCGUUCCACCAGCCCAAGCGGAACGUGACGGUGCUGGAGGCCCGGCUCGAGGCCCGCGACGUGGCCCUGUCCAAGUCCCUGUCGAAGGACGUCCGGGCCCAGCGGGCCGACGGGCAGGUGAAGGUCAAUGUUCGGAUCCGGGCCAGGAUCCGGUUCAAGGUCGGGGUCAUUAAGCUGAGGCACCAGACGGUGAAAGUCCUCUGCCCCGCCGUGCCCGUCAGUUUCCGCUCCGGCCAGACCUUCCAGAAGACCGAGUGUGAUUUGGAUUAUUGACCAAAAAAAAAAAAAGAUUUAUUUGUUUUUUCAUCCUUGGGUGCUUCUUUUUUUCGAGUGUUGAUUUUUAUUUAUUUAUUUAUUUUGUUUUCAACAAGUGAACAUGCAAUGAAAUGGAUGUUAUCAUCAGUAUGGAGCCGUGUGAAAGAGAGCGACUACUCUGUGAUUUUUGUGAACUGGAAAUCAUGGUAUUUUGAGGGGAAUCUGGGAAUUAUUUGUAACUUAGAUUUUAUUUUGUUAAAAUUGUUAAUUACAAUAUUUUCAAGUUGUUGUGAGAAGUUUGAUUAUCGAUCAUAUAUCAUUGACUGAAACAUUUCCCUCAAUAUAUAUGAUUAAUCAGU